GCAGAACACACCAAUGAGGACUAUUCCUCUUGGAGAACAGCUCGGAGAAAACUGACUCAGACUCCACCGGCCAAGAGCUCAGGUUGCCGUUGGGGUCAAUUACAAGAGUGAGCGGUGGCCAGUUUCUUUUUCUUCGGGCUUCCCUACAUUUACCGGAGAGUCGCUCGUAUUUACCUCCAUACUCCUCUUUGAUUUGUAAUUGUUUGCUUUGUUAAUCAACGUUUUUCUACCAGCGUUGUGUUCUUAUCCUUUUUGACUUGUAUUCGGACAGUAGCGAGAGGAAGAGGAAAAAAAAGCGAAAUCAAGGUCAACUGUGGUCCACUUCCGCCCUAUAUCACUACUAACAUGUCCACCGACGUCAGACACCAUGGCAAUCCUCAUACAGGCACGAUAGAACAAGACAGCUCCAGAGGUUUUACUACCCAAGCUCUUCUCUAUGAUGAGGCACCUCUCGGAUUGUCUGAAAAACCAUCGACCGAUGCCUCGACUGUGCCUCUAAGCUCCCGUGAUGAUGCCGGGCCUCGGAUUCCGCCAUCGGCACAACCUGGCCAUGAUCUUUCACCGGAAGGGCAAACGACCUUCGAGCAUGGUCAUGGCAGGCCGUCCCUCGAAUCCCAGACCGACCGCUCGACACACAGUGCCCCCAUGAGCCGUGUAACCACUGACGCUGAUGGGAAUACUUACCCCGAAGGCGGGUUAGAGGCCUGGCUAGUAGUGUUUGGUAGCUGGGCGGGCCUUUUCGCCGCGCUGGGCCUAGUCAAUACUAUCGGAACUUUUCAGGCUUAUCUCGAACACCACCAGCUUAAAGAUUAUAGCUCAGGUAGCACUGGCUGGAUCUUUGGAAUGUACGCCUUCCUCACCUUUUUCUGCGGUGUCCAGAUUGGCCCGAUCUUCGACGCCAAAGGCCCGCGGUUCCUUGUCUUUGCAGGAUCAGUACUAGUCGUUGUGCAGAUGGCUACUCUGGGACUUUGCACCCAAUACUGGCACUUCAUGCUUGUGAUUGGUGUCACCGGGGGCCUAGGGGCCUCGCUAAUUUUUACGCCGGCCAUAUCUGCGAUUGGUCAUUACUUUAACGAGAAGCGUGGUGUUGCGACGGGCAUUGCUGCAACAGGCGGCUCUGUUGGAGGUGUUACGUUCCCUCUCAUUCUCGAAAAGCUGUUCCCGAUGAUCGGAUUUGCCUGGGCCACUCGUGUGGUCGGUCUUAUCUGUUUGAUUCUAGUGAUCAUGUCCUGCCUGCUGGUUAAGUCCCGGUUGCCCAAGAAGCCGGCUUCCAAAGAGAAUGUACUCCCCGAUUUCCGCAUCUUUCGGGAGCCCGAGUUUGCUCUCACAACAGCUGGAAUCUUCUUCGUCGAAUGGGGUCUCUUCGUUCCGAUCAGUUAUAUUUCCUCGUACGCGUUGGCUCACGGUGUGUCCAGCCAGUUUUCGUAUCAAUUAUUGGCAAUCCUUAAUGCAGGAUCUUUCUUCGGAAGAUGGAUCCCUGGUUUUGUUGCCGAUUCGUUGGGACGCUAUAACACCCUAAUUGCCACAGUCGCUUUAUGCCUUGUCUGCAAUGCAUGUCUUUGGCUCCCUGCUGGUGAUAGUGUGCCGGUAAUGGUUGUCUACAGCGUUAUCUUUGGUUUUGCGAGUGGCAGUAACAUCAGUCUCACCCCAGUUUGUAUUUCUCAGCUCUGCAAAAUCGAGAACUACGGGCGAUACUAUGCUACAUCAUACACGAUUGUGAGCUUUGGGUAAGUCUAGGAGGCUCUCUGUACCUUGCCCGGGCAUGGAAGAUACCGAGUGUAGGAGCUAACGAACCCUUAUUGUAGCACGCUUACUGGCAUCCCGAUUGCGGGUGAGAUCCUGUCGCGCUGUAAUGGAGAAUACUGGGGGCUCAUUGUCUUCACGACUUGUUGUUAUGCCGUCGGCCUUGCCUGUGUUACUGCUGUGAAAAUAAUCCACGUUGGCUGGCGUCAGCCCUGGGCACUCUACUGAAGCCAGUACCAACUUGGCUGAGGUACAUUUGAGUUGCGGAAUGAAGAACCUAAAUCAGAAAAUUGAAGAGAAUUGGCCAAAGGAGUGAAAUUUCGGUUGAUUCAAGAAUGACGUGACUACUUAAUGAU